AAUUUUCCCUUUCCCUUUUCCUUGCGCACGCGCUCGUCCCCGGAGGCCUCGAACAGCACCGCCGGCGACCACCGGAAGAGAGGGAAACGACGACGGCGAUGGCGCUCAACGGGGUACGGGCCAGCCUCCGCUUCCUCGUCUCCAGCGCCGAGGGCGCCGCCGCCCCCGCUUCUCCUGGAUUUCAUUCCACUGGAGUGAGGCGGAUGGGCGCGCACGCACAUGAUGAGCCAUACUACGUCCAUGCCAAGCACAUGUACAACCUGCACAGGAUGAAGCACCAGCAGCUUAAGGUUUCCCUCGCCGUGCUGGCUGCCGUGGGCACUGGUGUUGGAGUCCCUGUGUACGCAGUUGUUUUCCAGCAGAAGAAGACUGCCUCUGCAUAGUUUGAAAUAACAGAGACAGCACAGCUUAAAAUAACCCUUUGCUUAUUGGAUUUUGACGUAGGAACAGCUGUCCCUUUUAAUAAUACUGUGGCCUGAACUUUUUGCCAAGAUGUGGAAAUGACAGAAGCCAUAUUGUAAUACAAUUCUAAUUUUUCUUAUCCGGUUUCCCAUAUAUUCUUACAUGAAUCAAAUGUUACUUCU